AUGUGUGUGGUUCUUACUCGACCCACCUGGAACCUGGGCAAGAAGAGCUCAGAAAGUAACAAAGUUGUUUUCUCUUUGCUUCUCUGUGGUGUGUAUCGUGGUGAAAGGGAAUUCCAUUUGCUGCUCCUACCUCAAACUGCAGAUAUUAUUUGUACCUUUGCAUUUAAUGGUUUCUGUUUUGGUGUCAAUGGGAGAGAGGAAACACAGGUAAGGCGCUUCAGAGCGACCGGCCGUGUGUUGAAUCUGUUUCCAAAUGGAUCAGUCUUCUGGCACAGUUUGAAAAAACACUGUCAUGGGUUUAGUUUGGUUUGA